UGGGGACCACGAACCACUGUAACCGGUGAUUGAAGAGAAGGCCUAGAAUCCCUAGAUAAAGGCUAAAAGCCUAGGAAAGCUGUCACUGCUUCGUUGCUUACUUUUUCUCUUCAUCAACCAAAACAUUUCCUAAAUAUUCAGCAAAGCGCGAGAUCUGAGGUGCCACCCAUAUUCUCCCAAUUCAACCAUGAGGGCGAGAGAAGCCAAGCCUGCUCCCUCCGCAGAUCUCUUAGUAUGUUUUCCUUCUAGAGCUCAUCUGACUCUCAUGCCCAAGCCCAUUUGCAGCCCUGCUAGGCCUUCUGACUCCACCAAACGCCACCUCAAGAAAUCCACCACCAGAAAUGGUGCUGGUGCUGGUCAGGCUAGUCCCAUGCUGUGGUCUAAAACCAAGUCUAUGGGCCCCGAGAUUGCCGAACCGACCUCUCCAAAGGUCACUUGUGCCGGUCAGAUCAAGGUCAGGCCGAAGACCGCUGCUUGCAGGAGCUGGCAAUCCGUGAUGGAAGAAAUAGAGAAAAUUCACCACAACAGAAAACAGAGGAAGCGCUCCAGCUGGGCCGACUCUUUCGGUUUCAAGAAGGAAAUUAUGCAGUUCUUGACUUGUCUACGAAGCAUAAAGUUCGACCUGCGAUGCUUUGGAUCAUUCCCUGAGGCGGACGCCACCUCUGAGGAGGAUGACGAAGACGAUGAGUAUCGGGAAAAUCAAGUAGGCAUAAAUGAAAGCGACAACGAAGCUUCGGGAACCGUCUUUUCCAAAUGGUUUAUGGUGCUGCAAGAGAAUCAAAAUACUGGGUUUCACAAAGAAGAUGCGAAGCAGAAAGGUGGGGUUGGGGAUGAUGGAUCAGAGGCCGAGCCCACUGUCCCUCCUCCGAAUGCACUAUUACUCAUGCGGUGCAGGUCGGCUCCGGCAAAAAGCUGGCUGCAAGAGAACAGAGGGGGGAAAAGUGCCGAGCAAGAAAAAGAAAAGGCCAAUGAUGAAAAAGUAGAUAAAGAGCAAAUAGAGCUGAAAAAAGGGAGGAGUUUGAAGUCAUUAAUGGACGAAGAGAAGAGAAAGAGAGAGAAUUUGGUGGUGAUGAAGUAUGACUCCGAUUUUUACGAAAUAUCUUCAGAUAUUGCCAAAGAGACCUGGAUUGUUGGGGGAAUAAGCGAUCCGUUGUCAAAGAGUCGAAGUUGGAAAAGAUGAUGAUCCCGGCCACGUCAUUGUUUUUUCUUCGGACGCACUGUUCUUUUCAAGUCGUUAGCUUUGAUUUACUGUGACGAGGUUUGUGCCAUUCUCUCCCCAAACUACGUUGGUGUGACCGCGGGGAGAUCUAAUAAUUAGUUCAAGUUUUAGCGUUUUUGGUUAUGAUUACUUGAUAUUAGUUAAUCGCAUGAUACCUGUACAGCUUUUAAAUUUCUUUUCCUAAGAUUUAAGUGGCAAGUUCGUGUAUGAAGUUGUUCGCUCUUUCUUGUAACGACUUGUGAAUUUAAACGAAUAUAUGUGAUUCUCUUUUCCGCA